UGUUUUUCUCUGUAUUUCAGGCCCGAAGGGACCCCGUUUGAGGAUGGAACAUUUAAGCUUAUAAUAGAAUUCACUGAGGAAUAUCCAAAUAAACCACCUACGGUUAGAUUUGUCUCUAAGAUGUUUCAUCCAAAUGUCUAUGCAGACGGUAGUAUAUGUCUGGACAUACUUCAGAACCGCUGGAGUCCAACUUACGAUGUGUCUUCCAUUUUAACAUCAAUACAAUCUCUAUUGGAUGAGCCCAAUCCCAAUAGCCCAGCAAACAGCCAGGCCGCUCAGCUGUAUCAGGAGAACAAGCGGGAAUAUGAAAAACGUGUUUCUGCGAUAGUAGAACAGAGCUGGCGUGAUUGUUGACUCGGGUGCAGCAGCAGAAGAGGCCGGGCAUAUGAAACAUACAUAUUGAUGUUUGUCACCUUCCUGUUCCUCAGUGUCAUUACAUUUACUUCAUUAAAAGCAAAAUAGUUA